CAUCCUUAAAGCUCACAUACAAGACCCUGCAGCAGGCAGCCUUGUUCCACUCAGUAUAAGAGGGGCGAUCAGGGUGGAUGGCUCCUUUUGUAACAGAAGAAAAGUCAGCAAAGUGAGAAGAAGAAGAAGAAACCAGGAGGUUUUAUUUAAAAAAAAAAAGUGGAAACAACUUCUGAUACUGAAACUGUGAGAUUAUAAAAGGACACAAGUUUAUUGCCUGGAAGGAACCUUUGUAUAUUGAGAGAAAAAAAGAGAGAGAGAGAGAGAUAUCGACUGCUACAAUGAAGGUAUUGCUUCUCUUAUGCUCCUGUAUCUUAGCCAUCCAUGCCCUGCCUUUUGAGCAGAGAGGAUUCUGGGACUUUUCCCUGGACGAUGGAAUGGCUAUGAUGAAAGAUGAGGAGGCCUCGGGAGUAGGUCCUACACCUACUGACAGUAUUCCAGAUGUUGGUUUGUCGCCCAUGCCACCUAUGGAUUUAUGCCCUUUUGGGUGUCAAUGUCAUUUGCGCGUGGUGCAGUGCUCUGAUUUGGGUCUCACAUCUGUGCCCAAAAACCUUCCGAAAGACACCACUCUCUUGGAUCUACAGAACAACAAAAUCACGGAAAUCAAAAAGGACGACUUCAAAGGACUCACCAACCUGUAUGCUUUGGUUAUAGUAAACAACAAGAUAUCGAAAAUCAAUGAAAAGGCCUUUGAGCCCCUGCAGAAGAUGCAAAAACUGUAUAUCUCUAAAAACAACCUUGAGGAAAUACCCAAACACCUUCCCAAAUCUCUGGUGGAGCUGCGUAUUCAUGAAAACAAAAUCAAGAAGGUCCCUAAGGGCGUCUUCAACGGACUGAAGAACGUGAACUGUAUUGAAAUGGGAGGUAACCCUCUGGAAAAUGGAGGCAUUGAGGCUGGCGCAUUCGACGGCUUGAAGCUGAACUACUUACGUAUUUCGGAGGCAAAACUGUCUGGCAUCCCCAAAGGUCUUCCAAGCAGCCUGAAUGAGCUUCACCUUGACAACAAUAAGAUCCAGGCAAUUGAAAAGGAAGACCUUAACCAGUAUGCUAGCCUGUACAGACUGGGUUUAGGACACAACAACAUCCGCAUGAUAGAAAACGGCAGCCUGUCUUAUAUGCCUGUUCUGAGAGAGCUUCACUUGGACAAUAACAAACUCUCCAAAGUGCCCCCAGGCUUACCAGACAUGAAAUUACUGCAGGUUGUGUACCUGCACUCCAACAACAUCACCCAGGUCGGCGUCAAUGACUUCUGCCCUAUAGGAUUUGGAGUGAAACGUGCCUACUACAAUGGAAUUAGCUUAUUUAACAACCCCGUUCCCUACUGGGAAGUGCAGCCGGCCACUUUCCGUUGCGUCACCGACCGAUUGGCUAUCCAGUUUGGCAAUUACAGGAAGUAAAGAAGGUGGAACAUGAAUGCAGGAACCCCAUUGUAAGAGACAUAAAACAGACAUGAAGAGAGCAGAAGAAACAAACCCACAAAAAUGACCAAUUAUGUUUAAUACAAGGGUGUGUAAGACCUAAAAACAAUAAUAACCCCCCUUCCGACACCCAAGUGUAGGUAUCUGCCCUGCCCUGCCUGUCUUACUGUCUUCUGGCGCCGGUGUAUAUAGAACAUGGAAGGAUGUGCAGGUAGCGCUAUUCUCAUACAACCACAAAUUGUGUAAACCCACCCCAGUACCCACACAAUGAUAAGCUUUUGCUCAUUGCAUUGUGCUUGAAGCUCCCCCUUCCCUUUAAUAGGAUGCUUGUAGCAUUGUACAAUGGCCAAAUCAACUGCAAGCUUUUGGUUCUUAUACCCCCUACCAUUCCAAUACAGUAGUCCUUGAGCAGUCUGUAUAUAGGCUUCUGCAGUCACACUAACAGCUCACAAGCACCCAGUUCAAUCACUCUGCUUGAGCUGCCAUAUGUCUUUAUUUUCAUACAUAUCACCCUUAGAAGAAUAUCAUUCCACUUCUGUAGUCUUUAACCCCUUCAGUAAUGAGAUACAUUGCAGAGCAAUGGCUUGUUUACCCUCACAUCACCUGAUAGGUCUUGCCAGCAUAUUGGUUUCAUCAUAUUUAACCCCUUAUUUAAGUUAUGAUGACCACUUUUGCUUUAGGAGCAAUUAAGCGGCCUGGAAUAAUGGCAUAGCACUUUUUACUUGUGUGUUCACAACUUCAUGCAAUUUUAUUUUUAAGUAGAAAAGUCAUAUGUAUCCCGCCUCGAACCUCGCUGGGGAAUAUGCUUGGUCACAUUGCCAUCUACAGGAGGAGAAAAGGCACUGCAUGAUUUAUAGGCUUCCAAAAAUGUGUCCUUUUAAAUAUAAAUUUCAUUAAUAAUCUAGCAAGAGAAGGAGGGUGAUUACACUGCAUAUGGCAAAGUGGAAACCACAUAACAAGAAGUCUUCUAGCGGAACACAAACAUUCCAUUUGAAAGACCAAAGAUCAGGGAUGGGAAGCUUAAAUAAUAUUCUGGAGAGCCUUGCCAUAUCUGAUUAUGCCAAAGAAACCCUCCCAUUUAUGCAGCUUAUGGGUAUAAAUGGAAAAGUGUAUUUUUAGGAAAGGUAGCAGUCAUUUCAGUUGGUGUCUAGUUAUUGUAUAUCCAGUGCGAUGUGAGGAUGGAAUACUUACAAACUGUGCUGAGCAUUUUUUUUAGCAUCAAAUAAUGAAGCAUUAAAAUAUUGUCUUUUUCUCCCUU